GUUCUUUCAGACAGCAGUCAUUUUUGUUUGUAUGGCAGCAGCUGAAAAUAGUCAAUCAUUUUAGUGGGGACAAUACCCAUAAAUAAAACAUGCAAAUAUGAAAUAACAGACGACAAAACAUUUAAGCUCCUUCAUAUAGAUUUGAUCCAAGUAACAAGGUUUCAAAGUAGGGCAGAAUACUUCAGGUCUCAAACCCAGGGUAGACUUUGAGGUUAUCAGGUCAACCCCUUGUCUGCACAAACACUCAUAUGUCACAAGUUUGUUGUGCAGUAGUAUACACUUUAACCUCUUUAAUAUGCAACACCAGAGUAAAUCAAUUAUAUAAAUUAUAAAUCUCUUUGUCAAAGUAGGCUAAUGCAGCCUGCCAGAGCAUUGGAAACAAAGAGGACUUGUUAAGUUGUUUUGGCAGCGCUCAAAACUUGCUUGAAGGAGUACAGUAUCGGAUGCCUAUUAGUAACCACGAGAGAGAGAAAGCGAGCGAGCGGUGCUGUGCGCUAUUUUCAACAGGUGGAAGUGGACAGCAAUAAGCGGAGCCUCUUUUUCGUUAUACCACACCUGCGCAUGUUGCCUAUAGCGCCUGGGUUUACUGAGGUAGUCGCUCACUCACUCCCAGAGCAGCGACAGUAGAGCGGUGGAGUCGUCAUCGAGACAACGUGACUGCGCGAACCUUUGAGGUCGCCUGGGUGCUGAGUGAACUCUUCCUCAUCUGUGUCCUCCUUUUCCUCAUCUGCCCUCUUCCCCUCGGCCAGGGGGCCUGCGCCAUGCCGCGGUGUGUUUGACCCAUGCGGCCUGCGCCCGUGACCCUGUCCAAACUGAAGCUGGGGAAGCUAAAGGUGGUUCGGCGGCAGCUGCUGCAGCGCUAUGAGCACCAGCCCUUCGUGUCCUGCCUGGCUGGCCUCUACGGCUGCCAGUGGAGGCGCUACCAGCGGGCACGAGCCCAGCCCGGGGAGUGCUGCUGCAGCAGGUUGGAGUGUGGCAGCUUCGGCGUGCUCAUUGUGACGUUCUUCCUGACCUUGGUUUUCCUGUACUUCUGGAGCGAGGCUCAGAAUGACUACGAUGAUUUUGAUUGGUUUAACUUUGGGAACCUGGGCUUCUGGUUCCCCUGGUCCGUGGUGCUGCUGGUGGUGGCGGCAGCCCUCUUCGCCUACAUCGCCAUCUUGCUGCUGCUGGCAGUGUGCCUGCUCUCAGAGGGACAGCGGCUCUACCUGCACUGGAGCCACAAGAUUGGCAUCCUGGUGACCCUCACCUUCUCCAUCAGUGCCACGGCGGUGCUGUCAGACCUGUGGAGCAGACAGUGGAGGACACUCCUGCUCUCUCUGCAGGUGACUGCACCUUACCUGCAUGUGGGCGGUGUGUCUCUCAUGAUGCUGCUGUCGUGGCCAGUGGCUCUUCACUUCUUCCGCAUGAACAAAAGAGUGCGGCAGGUAGCUAUCCUGGGACUCUAUCUGUCGGUUCUGUUUGCCUUAUACCUGGUGCCCCUGGGCAUGUACUCCCCCUGCAUUAAAGAGGAGGGCACACUGGGCCCAGCACCAACUCUCAUUGGACACCGAGGAGCUCCCAUGCUUGCACCAGAGAACACACAGCUGUCCUUUGAGAGGGCAGUGGAGGCGGGGGGAGACGGCCUGGAGACUGACGUCACUAUCAGCUAUGACGGUGUGCCUUUCCUCAUGCAUGACCGGACCCUGCGGCGGACCACCAACGUGCGUGAGGUCUUCCCCAACCGCACAGACAUGAUGGCUGCCAUGUUCACCUGGGCUGAACUGGAGAUGCUGGAUGCUGGUUCCUGGUUCCUACAUCGGGACCCGUUUGGUACCGUCUCGUCCCUGAGCCCAGAGGAGCAGUCCCUGAUGCAGAACCAGACGGUUCCCAUGCUGAAGGAGUUCCUGAACCUGGCGGCGCGCCACCAGAGCCUGGUGAUCUUCGACCUGCACAGGCCGCCGAGGGGACACCCGUACCGGGACACGUGGAUCGAGCGCACCCUGGAGGUCCUGCAAAAUGAGUCCUCCAUCAACUCCAGCCAGGUGCUGUGGCUGCCAUCUGAGCUGCGGGUGCUGGUGCAGGAGCUGGACCCCGAGCUGCAGCAGACCUCCGGCCGCGGGGGCUCCAUCGAGGAACUGCAGGAGGACCACAUCGUCAGGCUCAACCUCCACUACAGCUUCAUGUCUCAGGAGCAGAUUAGUGAGUACGCCUCAGUGAACAUCUCCACGAACCUGUAUGUGAUCAGCCAGCCGUGGCUCUACUCCCUGGCCUGGUGCUCUGGGGUCCACUCGGUCACCACCAACGCCAUGCACAUCCUCAAGAACCUGCAGCGGCCGCUCUUCCUCAUGACAUCAGAAGAGUACAGCCUGAUGUGGAUCUUGACUGAUGCUGUAUCUGCUGUCCUCAUCACCUUAGUCUUUGCUUUCCAUUGGUGGCGAGAGAGAGGCUUGCCUUUCUGGCCAGGCAGUAGGCCGGUACACGAAAAUGGACCUUACAGCAAAUUCAGGACAGCAGAGCUGAGUGACGUCUGGUCCGUGUCCAGCGUGAGCGUGCGCGGUGAGGCCCACAGCCUACCCAACACGCACAAUUUGCCCACAAUCCCCGAGGAGCCCCUCGUCUGAGAGACAGAGAGAGGGAGAGCGCAGUGGGAGAGGGAGAGCAAGAAGGAGAGAGAGAGAAUUGGGGCGGGCGUGACCGUAGAAGAUAGAUGCAAUCCUUUACCAGCCUCUCUCUCUCUCUCUCUCAUUCUCCCCCCUUCUUCUAAGCGUUCUGCAUCCUCGACUGUGACGUUUGUGGAAAUCCUUGUGUACAAACACCAAUGCGUUUGAGAUGAGGAUGAGACUGAAGUGAUGCUUGAGAGAUUGUUGUCUGUACACUCGCUACAACAAGACACUGACGCUGAAAGCCUGAAUGAACUCUCUUCGCUUCAUCUUUGAUAGCAUCUCCUCUAUGAAAAACGCAGGUUAAUCUAUUGAUUGAUGACUUUCACAGCACCCCCAAUGGACUGAACUGGUAUCAUGCUGUGAUAGAGUCCUGUGAUUUGUAUGUCGAUGUGAAGGAAACCGGAGGAAUGUAAAGGACUAGGUCCUAAAACAAAAGUAUAUAUUUUUCCUAAAUGUAUAGACCUCAGCAAAUGUGUAUGCCAGUUAUAUUUUACAUGUGGCUGAAUGGAUGGAAACAUUACUGUUUCAGUGGUGACCAGGAUUUUAUCAACGAUGACUUUAUGACACAUUUAUUGUGAAUGUACUUUGUUAAGUGCUGCCAUUUCAAGCAUGCAAGCUAAUGCAAGUGCAACAUCCAGAGGCUUCUGCUGCUUUGAUUGGAUCAUAUCUGUCAUGUGGGAAGGAUUACUGUAGCGAAAAUGUAAAGGGGUUUGAAUGCUUUUUAUGUUUUGCCCCUUUGAUGAGGGCGCUGCAGUACGAGUGCCAUAAAGAGAAAUGCUGAGGAAAAAACCUGAGCCCCUCACGGGAUUUCUAGAAUGUUCCUUAUUGCUCUUCAGCUUUCCUGGUACAAUCUGUAGAAUGGAACGCAGUGAAGCGCUGCACCAAGGCUCUUCAGAGGAGGUCUGUAAGGGCCCUAAUCACAGCACUCCCCCCAUGGCCCAAACACUCACAGUGGUCUGCAGUUAAACUGAAGCAACCCAGCAAUGCCCCAGCAACAAUCUACUAGACUGACGAAGCAGUGAAUUAUACAACAGGACAAUCAGGAUGUUCUGAUGGAAAGGAACUUAGAAUGGCCACAUACCAGAAGAACUACAGAAGGCAUUACCAUGUGUAGAUGGGCCCAAGAUGGCCGUUACAGAAGUCAAGGUGACGCUCACAAUGGUGUCUCAUUUGCAGUGUUGUGUUUACUUCUCUGAUGUGUGCAGUACUAUGAAGUGCACUCGCACAGAGAACCCGCUUUUUCUGGUCUUGGUCUGGCAACGCAACUGCUGCUGUUCCCCAAAUGAGCAAGCAGUAGCCAAGGUGUGUGUAUGUAUGUGUGUGUGUGUGUGUGUGUAGAUCAGAUUCCAGCAGGGUGCUUGUGAAGCACAGGAAUCUUCUCUGCACUUGAGGCACUUUCUCAUGUAAGCUGCUAAAUACAUGACAUGAAUUUGAUACAUUGUGUUGUAGGUUAGUGUCAUUACUGUAUACUCUGAUCCAUACUGCCAUCUUCUCCAGCAAAACAUUAAGAUUCUGUAGCAUUGUUCACUGUAUAAAAUGUAAUGGCCAUAUUGAUUUUAUUUAUUUAAUCUGUCUUUAUGUUAUUUUAUUGUACUCUUUUAUGACUAUAAAUGUUAUCUGAUAUCCAAAAGAAUUUCUCCAAAGUAA